AUGACAGACGUGUUUUACGAAAUUGGUCUGACCAAACUCUUUGUGGGCGGGUCCGUCACCGUGGUGGCCCUAAUGGUGCUUUCGACCAGAAUCAACAGAGCCAUCCGGUCGUUGUUGGUAUUUGCCUGGGCAUGUUUUGUGAAACCACUUUUGACCAAACCAAGAUCGAAACCACGUGAACAACAACAGGCGCUCGAGCAGUUCUACGAGAAUCAGGCCCACGUUUACGACUCCACCCGUCGAUUCUUGUUGAAAGGAAGAGAGGAUUGCUUGCAAUUAGCUGCUGCUCAUUUGCCUCAGAAGAAGAACAUGGUGUGGGUGGAUAUUGGAGGCGGUACCGGUAAAAACAUUGAAAUGAUGAACGAUAUCUUGCCCUUGGCUGACAACUUCAAGGCGGUGUACUUGGUGGACUUGUCUCCAUCACUCUGUGCUAUUGCUCGCCAACGGUUUGCUGGCAAACCCUGGGCCCAUUUGGUCAAGGUAAUGGUGGCAGAUGCGUGCGACUUCACCAUUGACUACGAAGUGGUCGAUUUGAUCACGUUCUCGUACUCUUUACUGAUGAUACCUACCUUCAAUUCAGUUAUUGACCAUGCAGUGGACCUCUUGGAGAAAGACUCGGGUAUUAUCGCCUCAGUUGAUUUUGGAAUCCAGAGCAGAGACACUUCCGUGGGUAGAAUCAACACCGUUGGUGGCCUUGUCAAUAGAGAUAUUCCGUGGGUACUUAGAAACUUCUGGAGAACGUGGUUCGAGGCUGACAAGGUUUUCUUGGAUUCGGCCAGAAGAAACUACUUGGAGUACAAGUUUGGAACCCUCAAGUCGCUCAACUGCUACAACAACACCUUGGGUAGAAUUCCUUACUAUAUCUGGAUUGGCUGUGACAAAUCUCGCUCCCACCUGUUGCUUCACAGAAUCAACUGCCUUGCUACCGAGUCGCCAUACCUUGCUCCGUCCGAUGAGACUCAGCGGAUUGAGUAUGAUGCUCCAGUUUCUAAGGGCCACGAGGCUGCAUUAGCUAACUUCCGCAAAAAGUUGCCCUUCCCUUCUAUCUACUACCAGAAACAGCCAUGGAGAGUGUACUUUGACGAGAUCAACGACCAAUACCACCAGUUCAAGAACCAAUAUAUCUAUGCUUUUACCUGGGAGGAUCCUCGUGAAGAUCACAACAUCUUGAAGUUCUCGAGUCAAGACACCGUGUUGGCCAUCACCUCUGCCGGAGACAACAUAUUGGCCUACGCCUGUUUGCCAGAUCCCCCACGGAAGAUUCAUGCCGUUGACUUGAACCCAUGCCAAAACCAUCUCUUAGAGUUGAAGUUGGCUGCUUUCAAGAGCUUGUCUAAGGACCAAAUUUGGCAAAUGUUUGGUGAGGGCCGUAUCAAGAACUUCCGCAAGCUUCUCCUUUCCCACUUGUCGUCCAACUUGUCGUCCAACGCCUUCCAGUACUGGAACGACAAGGGAGAGAAAACUUUCAAGGGCAAAGGUUUAUAUGACACCGGAUCCACCAGGUGGGCGUUGCGUUUGGCCAGUGCCGUAUUCUCGUUCUUUGGUAUCCAUGAUUCUAUUGACGAGCUCUGCAAUUGUACCAAUUUGAAGGAACAAAUCAAGAUCUGGAACUCCAAGGUCAAGCCAACCCUUUUCAAUCCGUUUGUUGCCACUCUUCUUGUCGGAAACCCAAUCUUCUUAUGGAAAGCGCUCGGCGUUCCAGCCAACCAGGCAGAGUUGAUCGGUGACUCUGUGUUGAAGUAUGUCGUGGACACCUUGGACCCAGUGAUUAGUCGCUCGUUGAUCUCCACCGACAACUACUUCUACUACUUGACAUUGAAAGGCAAGUAUGCUCGUAACAACUGUCCAGAUUACUUGACUGACAAGGGAUACAAGAACCUCACCACUCCACGUCGUGACGGCACCGCCCCAAUCGACAACAUCCGACUUCACACCGACACCUUGAACGAUGUGUUUGAACGUCUUUCGCAGAAGUCCAUCACCAUCGCCAUUAUCAUGGAUCACAUGGAUUGGUUCGACCCCAAGAAGGAAGACGCCAAGGCAGAGAUCAUGGCUGUCAAGCACUGUCUUGUCCCUGGAGGACGUGUGAUGCUCCGCUCGGCAGCUCAGUUCCCUUGGUAUAUCAAGACGUUUGAGGCUUGUGGCUUCACUUGUAAGCCUGCUGCCAUAAGACAUGCUGGCGAUUCCAUUGACAGAAUCAACAUGUAUGCUUCCACGUGGGUGUGUACCAAGGCAACAGAGCCCAAGAGUGCCAUUCCUUCGCAACGUCGUCGUAUGAGCAGCUUGAAAAUUUGA